AUGAGCACUACAGUUGGAAAACAAUUGAAUCGCAAACCAGACAUCAUUGUGUGGGGUAACAAUUCUAAUAGUUUUUGCAGAGGGGGAAGUGUUCCUUUUGUUGCUCGUGCUGCUGCGUCGCCACCACUUGUGCCUGCAAAACAACCUGUUAGGGUGCAACAUAAUAGACCCGCGAUAGUAGCAGCGGGGGUACGAUGUUUUAAGAGUGGCAAGACAGGUCAUAGGAUGGCGGAAUGCAAGAAUAAUGACAGAAACGUGAAGGAGUUGUUUGUGGAUAGUGGAGACCUCGUGGAGAAUGAGACUUAUGACUUUGAACAGGAUCUUGUGUUUGAUGAUGCUGAUGACAGUCAGUUCCAAGAAAAAUUGUUGAUGGGCUAUUGUGGCUUUAAGGAAGAGUGCACAUCUUCUAAGAUUUGGCCGGAAGACGGAAACCAAAAUUCUGUCCUUUCAGAGUGUCCACAAUAA